AUGACCGUCAGUACCUGUGGUGAGAAUUCUGAAUUCUCUGGCUUAGAAAGGAUCUUAGAAAGACAUCAAUUUCCCAAAGAGAUUAAUCUGACCCCCAAACCAAGCAGUAUGCCCCUGUGGAGAAGAAAAGUCAACAACAACGCAAAUCAGGGGUGGAAGCAAUGCCAUUUGUGGAAUAAAAACACAAAGGAGCCUCCAAUGUCAACCAUAGUUGUCAGUAAUAUUGCUCCUUCUGUUUGCUCCCCCUGCCAGAUGGGUGAAAAAGAACAUGCGACCCACUGA